ACUGCUUUGCAUAACAGGCGGACACAAAUACGCGUGGAAAGUUAUGAAGUCAAGUGAGUUCGGUCAUAUUUAAAGAGCUGGCGACCCACAAAAAUACACUGUUAUGGGUGGAAUUCAUCCCGUCGUGAGGGCAUUCAGGUUUUAGUCAAGCCUCGACAGGUUGCUCCUUUAAGGUCUUUGCUGUUGGAACUGAACGUUGUUGUAAUUUGUUUAUUUUGGCGAGUGGAAACAGAGGCGCGCGUACAUUAUGAAUAUCGUAACUGAAGUAUUCGUGGUCACUUUUAAAAUAAUGUGGUCGUUCGUACUGGCCGGUGCUAAAUGGUUUAUUCCUCCACGGGAAAAGAGUGUGGAGGGCCAGGUGUGUGUUAUUACUGGAGCUGGAAGCGGUCUCGGGCGACUCUUUGCGCAGGAGUUUGCCCGGAGACGAGCGACCCUUGUGCUGUGGGACAUCAACCGAGAGAGCAACGACGAGACCGCAGAGAUAGUGCGAGACAUCCACCGAGAAAUGAAGCCCUCCGCUGGGUCUUCGGAUGGUGUUCAGGAGUUGCCUCUGUUCCAGCCAAAAGUUUACACGUAUGUUUGCGACGUCAGUAAACGCGAGAGUGUGUAUUCGACUGCAGAGAAGGUGCGCAAAGAGGUGGGCAACAUCGACCUGUUGAUCAAUAAUGCUGGCGUUGUGUCCGGACGUCAUCUUCUCGAGUGCCCUGAUGAGCUUAUCGAGAGGACUAUGAUGGUCAACUGCCAUGCUCACUUCUGGACUGCAAAGGCUUUCCUUCCCAAGAUGCUUGAGCUGAACCAUGGACACAUUGUAACUGUAGCUAGCUCAUUGGGCUUGUUCACCACUGCUGGUGUGGAGGACUAUUGUGCAAGCAAGUUUGGAGCCAUAGGCUUCCAUGAGUCUUUGAGCCAUGAACUGAAAGCAGCUGAUAAGGAUGGAAUAAAGAUGACGCUUGUCUGUCCUUUUUUAGUUGACACUGGCAUGUUCAAUGGCUGCAAAAUUAGGAAAGAAAUGGCACCAUUGUUUCCACCGCUAAAGCCAGAGUACUGUGUCAAACAGGCCAUGAGAGCCAUACUAACAGACCAACCAAUGAUCUGCACGCCACGAGUCAUGUACAUGGUCACCUUCAUGAAAGCUGUUUUGCCAUUUGAUGCCAUUGUGUGCAUGUACAGAUUUAUCGGGGCUGAUAAAUGCAUGUACCCCUUUCUGGCUCAACGCAAGGAGUCCACAAACAACAAUGAAUCAAAGACUGGAAUCUAACUGGUUCUGACUGAGCAGUGCUGCUAAAUUCUGUGUUAGUUCCUCUGGAACGCUGAAAGCUGAACAUUU